AUGAAUCUCGACCCGUCGCAGAAGGUAUUCCUCGUUCCAUAUUUGAGUGAGAAGUCUCCUCAGGAGUUCGACAAAGAUUAUAAUCUGUUUAAUGGGGGAUUAAUGAAACUGCCAAUUGACUUGCCGGGGUUUGCAUUCCACAAAGCUCGAUUCGCAGUUUCUCGGUUGAUCGAGGCGCUUGGUGAUUGUGUGAAGCUGAGUAAGAUGAGAUUGGUGUCGGGGCAAGGGCCAGUUUGCUUGAUUGAUUUUUGGAUGCAAGAGAUUCUGAAAGAAAUGCAAGAAACUGGGUCUGAUGCAAAUAAAAUGCCACCACAUUCGAGCAAUAUCGAAAUCGGUGGGCAUCUGUUUGAUUUUCUUUUUGCAGCUCAAGAUGCAUCAACUUCAUCAUUAAUAUGGGCCGUGACUGCAUCAGAUUUCUGCCUUGGUGGUAGUUUCACUGAGGUAUCCGCUUUUAAUGGCGUCCAGAAAGAUGCAACCUUCAGCAUUCACAAGUAUGUUGAAUUUAAAUGGCGUCGUCACUUCGUGCACCAACUGAGAGAGUGCACAAGUAAUGGAUUAACGUUGGAAGAGAAGCAUGAUUGCAGUAUAGUUCCGUCAUUAUCUGUUCCCAUGUAUGAACUUACCAUAGAAAUCCCAAAACCAGAUGCGAGUAAGAAUGCAUAUAGACGCAUCAGUGUGUUGGGAGGGUGUCUAUGCUUGCUUUUGAGUAACUCUAUUGGUUUUGAAGUAUGGGUAAUGAAGGAUUACGGCAAUAAGGAUUCAUGGACUAAGGUUUACUUCAUUUCAAAACUGAAAUUACCUAAAAAACUGACAAGGAUAGAAUGUUUGAAAACUGGAGAGCUUCUCUAUUAA